AUGAAGCCAAGGCCUUCCGAGACCAAGACAUUCACCGUUAAUUCCAAAUUACUUUGCACAUUCCUGAUCGGGGUCUUCUUGGUAUCAGCGAUUACUCUGACCUCGUUUAUUAAUGAACAGUCGUUGGCAAUUCGAGGAAAAGGUGGCAGGAUGAAGGUAAAAGCCGUCGAUGUUUUAUGGUUAGCUGUUUCCUUGUUAAAGAUAGUACUUUGAGUAACGUUUUUUAUUAUUUUUAUUAUCCUAGACGAUAGUCCAUCUUGAUCUGAAGGGAGCUCCUCCCAAAUUGUCCUACCUUUCUCAAUUCUUCAAACUUUUAUCCAAUCUGGAAGUAGAUGGGGUCCUUGUCGAAUACGAAGACAUGUUUCCUUAUUCUGGAGACCUGGCCGUAACAUCCGCCCCCAAUCAUUAUUCCGUUGAUGAUAUUCAUAAAUUGAAUUCUUUGGCUCAAGAGAACGGAUUGGAAGUUAUUCCGUUGGUCCAAACCUUUGGUCAUUUGGAGUUUGUCCUCAAAUUGGAUCAGUUUAAAUACCUACGGGAGAACCCCACGGCAAAUAAUACCAUCUGCCCGAGUGAACCGAAGUCAUUGGAAUUAAUCAAUGAUAUGAUCCGACAAGUAAGGAUUACUGCGUUUUGUAAAGGUUAAUUAUAUUGUUUUAGAUCCGAGAACUCCAUCCAAAUUCGUCGACUAUCCACUUGGGAGCAGAUGAAGCCUAUCAUGUGGCGGAAGAUCAACGGUGCAAAGAGGCGCUUCAUCAACGAUUCAACGAAUCUGUCGACGAGCUUAAACUCAGUCAUAUUUCCAAGUAAGUUCUAAAUUGGAAAUAAUCUUGACCUAAGGCUGCUUAGUACGACCGAAUACUUACAUUAUAAUUUUAGUGUCGCGAAUCUAGGCAAAAAGAAUGGAUUCUCGCGUAUCUUGGUAUGGAAUGAUAUGUUCGGCUCAGUCCCCGGAGAUCUCUUGGCCAAUUACAGUCUCGGAGAACUGGUAGAACCAGUGGUUUGGGGCUAUGCCGUGGAUGUGACGGUCCCCGGAUACUUCCCCGAGCAUAUGCUCAGAGAAUACUCGAAAGUUUUCUCUUCAAUUAUUUUCGGGAGCGCCUUUAAAGGAGCCAAUGGAAUCGACCAGACUUUCUCCGAGAUCCAGAGGUAUAUGGCCAAUCUGGGAUCGUAUCAUCAAUUACAACGACUGAAUCCCAACGUAAGUCAUCAGAACUGUCAGAUGUAUACGAUAUUACUGUAAUAUUGAUAUUACAGUACCUCGCCAACCGGGUAGAUACAGUAAUCCUGACGGGAUGGCAAAGAUUCUGGCAUGGAAGUCCUUUGUGUGAAUUACUCCCCGUCGGAAUCCCCUCUCUGAUCCAUGAACUUGUCUAUAUCAAAGAGUGGGAUGAUGCCACACCAAGGAUCGAUCGAAAAUUGAUUAAUGUAAGACGACCACGCUUAUGCAACACAAUUUUAGACUGUAUUAAAAUGCAAGAAAACCCCUCCCUCUGGUCCAGUCGAAUACCACGGGAAUAUUUUUCAUCCCCCAAUCGAAUGGAACUUUUUGGAUUGUGAUUUCCCCGGAAUAAAGAUCUACAAACUCGUGGAGAAACUGCGAUUUGUCAGAUGGAAGGCCGCUUUGUCAGCUCCUGGAGAUGAGGAUCUCAAACGGGAAUUACUCGCUCUCAAAAACGAAGUUGGUUUAUCAGAAACGAUUAAAAAUAUUUAUUUUAGUUCCAAGAAUCCCUUUCCGAAGUUUUCUUUGAUGACGCCGUCCAAGAAUUCAUCAAUCAGAAUCUCGAACCUCUUCUCAACCCUCCAACCCAGCCCCCUCUAGUUACCCAGUUAUAA